UUUUCUUCACUGGCACUUCCGGUUCCCGGGUCGUUGAAGUCUUUCUUUCCUGGUUGUUUGGGCGGAGUAAGUCAGACGCGCGCUUUUUGAGUCGGUGAAGAAGGAACAGCGAGGAGUCGAGGAAGCGCUUACGCGGCUGACAGAUCUAGAGGGGAUCAUUUUGAUCCUCACGCGUUUGUGCUCGGUUCCUCUCGUCCUGGAGCGGCCAGCGGAAUAGCCAAUGCUCGCUCUCGUUAGUGGUUCGCAGACUAUGUAUCAUUGUGAUUGUACUGCUUAGAUAAAAAUGUCUGGUAAAGCAAAUGCUUCUAAGAAAAAAUCUCAACAGGCAAAAAAAAAUUUAAAACGAAGAGCUGAUAAGGAAACAGAUUUACCAGAGAAUGAGGCUGGAAACAGAGCCAAAAGAAACAGAAGCCAUGCAGAGCAUCAGUCCACUACAGGAACAGGACAAACAAAAUUUGUUCAUCUAAAACGGGUAAAAAUAUCAUCCAACAAGAGAACAAACUGGCAACCUCUUCCAAAGAAUACUGAAGAAUAUUUGCAAAGUAUGAUGGAAUCAGUAAUUCUUGAAAUUUUAAACAAAAACAUUAAAAGCAAAAAACAAAUUCAGUAUCAUCUCAACCAGUUAAAGAAAAGAUUAUUACAACAGUGUGCAACACUGAAAGUCCCCCCAAGAAAGCUGAACAGUUUAACAGAUGUGUCACAUCUGCUGAAGAUGGAAAAGGCACGGGAAAAAGCGAAUGAAGAGAGCCUGGCGUCACUGCAGGAAGAAAUAGACAAAAUAGUAGAGACCACAGAGUCAAUGACUGAGAGUAUUCAAACCCUAAAGAACAAAAUUCAAAUUCUGACAAAUGAAGUAGAGGAAGAGGAACAGGAGGUGAAACAGGUAUUUCACAUAGAUAGCAAUAAAGUACUGGCUCUUCCAGAACUUUCUCAGAAAAGUCUUAAAGCACCUAUACUUCAAAAAGAAAUUUUGGCACUAAUUCCAGACCAGAAUGCUCUUCUGAAGGACUUGGAUAUUCUUCAUAACUCAGCCCCAGUGAAGAACGUGUCAGCAUUCAUUCAAGAAGCCUAUAGGAAACUCGAUGGCUCCUAAAGAGUUGGGUUUUGUUUUGUUGUUAAGGCCAUAUUCCAUAUUAACUUAUUGUUCAUAAACUGUAAAACUUUUUUUCACUUUUAAAACAGUCUCUGUUUGUAGCCUACUUUGGCUAAUCACUUACUCUGUCUCCCAUUUGGUCUUGAACUCACAGCAUCCUGAGUGCUGGAAUUACAAGGGGUGAGCUUCACAUCUGGCCCAAAGGUGUACAACUUAACUCUAGAUCGUUCUUCAAAACAACUAACCUUUGUUAUCUACCUUAGAACAAGCCUUUGUGGACUUACCAUUAUUAUCUAAUGUCCUAAAAACAUAGCAGUUGCUAAAUCUAGGAAAUCUAUAUAUAUGUAGAUAUUUGCUAAAGCCGUUUACUGAGAAUUGUUUUUAAAAAUAAAAAAUGCUAUGGUGUAAUAAUUUA